CGACAACCCUAAUCAGCUGCCGCCUGGCAAAUUUCGGGCUAAAAUUCUUGGAAACCAAUACGUGGCUACCGCCGUAUCUCGCACAAAUUGGAAGAAGGAAUGUCUGCUGACGACAGGUAGCAGCAGCAGCAGCAGAUGCACCUGUUUAAUUAAGCGGCCAACCCCUUAAAAAACAAGCCAGACGAUGUUUCCCUGCCUGUGCCAGCUAUGUUUCUAUCUGCUCUCCGCGAUUGCAGUUGCGGUUCUGCUGGUUGUGGCGCUGGUUUUGUACAAAACCAAGCCCUAUCCCAACAUCAAGAGGCACAAGGAUGAAGAGACAUUCCUAGAUCCGCGGAGCAUCAAGACAGUCGCAUUUCCCAGCCUUGAGGAGUCGCCCAGUUUGGAGCUCAGUGUCAUAGUGCCAGCUUACAAUGAGGAGCUGCGUUUGCCUGCCAUGUUGGACGAGUGCCUGGCCUUUCUCGAACAGAAAUCCGCAGGGAAUCCCAGUUUCACCUACGAAGUGAUUGUGGUGAGCGAUGGCAGUCAGGAUGCCACCGUCUCCGUGGCUUUGCGGUACUCCAAAAAGCAUGGAGCCGAGAAGGUUCGUGUCCUCGAACUCAUCGAGAAUCGCGGAAAAGGUGGUGCCGUACGCAUGGGUGUCCUGAGUGCCCGCGGACGUCAUCUCCUGUUCGCCGAUGCGGAUGGAGCCACCAAGUUUCCAGACUACGACAAGUUGGAGGAGGCGUUAAAGCAACUGGCGCCGGAGUGGCAAGAGGAUGGCAUUGCCAUUGGAUCGAGAGCGCAUCUGGAGAAUGAUGCAAUUGCCACGAGGAGUUUCUUUAGAACCAUCUUAAUGCAUGGCUUCCAUUUCCUGGUCUGGCUCUUUGCCGUUCGCUCCAUCCGCGAUACCCAGUGUGGCUUCAAGCUGUUUACCCGCUCAACGGCCAGGAAACUCUUCACCAGCCUCCAUGUGGAACGCUGGGCCUUCGAUGUGGAGCUUCUGUUCCUCGCCGAGCGCUUGAAGGUGCCCAUGUCGGAGGUUGCCGUCCGCUGGACGGAGAUCGAUGGCUCGAAACUUACGCCGUUCUGGUCCUGGCUGCAAAUGGGCACCGAUUUGGGGAUGAUUUGGCUGCGUUAUUUGGUGGGCGCCUGGAGGAUAGCCGCCAUCCAGAAGAAGGAGAACUGAUGGGGAAUCUCAUUUCCCGUUUCCGACAAGCAUUUUUUUGCAUUACCAAAACUCUAAAAUGAUUUCUGAAUACUAUUUUUGUGUAGGCCUUAAAAGAGUGUAGUUAAGUACGCAGUAUUUGUUCUAAUAAACUAAAAGAAAGUAAAUUAAA